AUGCCUGUGAUUGCGAUAUCGCGGCCAGAGACCGUUUACGGCGGUGUUAGUGGCGGAAAUAGGAAAUUGAAGAGGGCCAAUGGUGGAGAUGAGGAGGAUGUGGAUGGAGUGGAUGAGUUAGAGUAUGAAGACGCUGAUUCGGGGUCAGAUGCUGAAAUGAGAGAUCUGGAUGAUGACGAUGGAGAUGCAAAUGAUAACGACAAAAGAUCGGGAUUUGGAUCCUCGACGAAAGGAAGUAGUCUGGUGACGCCAGGAGAACUGAUUACUGAAGAUACAAUGUGGAUGCGAGGCCAUGGCACAUUUUCUCAAGACGAGAAGACGUUUUCGUCGGUGGCAGGAACUAUAACUCGAGUGAAUAAACUGCUGAGUGUGACGCCGUUACGAGGAAGAUAUCAGCCUGUUAUUGGAGACCAUGUCAUUGGCAGGAUCACCGAGGUCGGCAACAAGCGAUGGAAGGUCGAUAUUGGCGGCAAUCAGGACGCUGCUCUGUUACUAGGAUCCGUUAAUUUGCCAGGAGGUGUGUUACGAAGAAAGUCCGAAAGCGACGAAUUACAAAUGAGACAGUUUUUAAAAGAAGGAGAUCUAUUGAAUGCCGAGGUUCAGGCGUUAUUUUCAGACGGAGGUGCUUCUCUUCAUACCCGUUCGCUACGGUACGGAAAACUGCGAAAUGGAAUGCUCGUACAAGUGCCAUCGUCGCUGAUUAUCAGACUCAGAACUCAAUUGUACCGAUUGCCAGGAGGUGUUGAUAUGAUUCUGGGGAUUAAUGGGUAUAUUUGGCUGAGUAAGAGCAGUAAAGUAGCUGCUGAUGUUUCCAUCACCCGACUCGAAGAGACCUCGGGUCUGGAAAUCUACUCAGACACCAACGAGGAAAUCAACACCUCGACACGUGAAAAUAUUGCCCGAUACGCCAACUGUAUUCGAGCCCUGGCAUUUAAAGAAGUAGGGGUCAACGAAACCCGGCUCAUCGCGGCCUAUGAAGCCAGUCUGGCGUACGCCAGUGCCGGUGACCUCAUCGAAGACGAGGUCAAAGCCAUCCUGGCUGCCGAGGCCCUGGCCGCUGACCGCUCUGACGAGUAA